AUGGACAAGUUACUCCUUCGCUUCAUUGCCGGCUCUCUCCAACCUCUUUCAAGGGUUGAGGAUGCUAACUUUCAAGCUCUUCUUAACAAGGCCCAGCCCAGCUACAGCAGCCCAAGCCGCAAGGAGCUCAGCAGCAAGCUUCUUCCUUCGCAAACUCAACAACUACAGGAACAUCUCAAUAAGAAGUCUUGUUCUGUUGGUUACGUCUGUGUUACACUUGACCUUUGCACAAACAGACAGAUGCGGUCGUGCACUGGGAUCACGUGUCACUUCAAUGAUAACUUCCAGCUCCAAUCAACACUGUUGGCAUGCACAAGAUUCAAAGGGUCCCACACUGCACAAAAGAUCCAUGCCACAUUCACAGAAAUCAUCACUAGCUUUAACCUGCAAACAAAGAUUUUGACAAUUGUAACCGACAGUGGCACCACUGUCCUUAAAGCACUCGUGACACUUCCCGGUGUGGACGAUGCGGACACUAAUCAAGACAGUGAAGGCGAAGAGGAGGAUGACACCUUUCACAUUCCUGAUAACAAUGACAACUUGCUGCACCUAUUGCCUGGCCAUGUCAGAUGUUUUGUUCACACUUUACAAACUACUGUGAAAGAUGGGCUCCAAGAAGCAGGGCCUGUCUCAGGAGUCACUGGAAAAGCUUCACGUCUAGCGUCACACGUUCGUCACUCUGCACUGCCAUCUGACAUUGUCCAACAAGUAACACACAUCUUGACACCAUCUGAAGUAGCAACUCUAGAGUGUCAGGGAGAGAAUGUUGUAACGUCAAGCAAAGCAAUUCCAUGCAUUCGUGGACUGAAAGCUGAGCUUCAACAACCGUCACAGACACACAAGUCAAAGGUGAUUACUACUCUCAAAAGCUCCAUCAAGAAAACACUGAAGAUCUAUGAAGACAAGGCGAUGUUUCAGCUGGCUUCACUCCUAGACCCACGCUUCAACAUGGACUGGUGCCCACCACAACAAGUCAUGUUCAUCACAUCCCUACUGAAGUCUAAAGUACAUGACAUUAUGUCCACUGCCACUGAAGAAAAGGGUUCCCUUCAGGAAAAUAAGGAGGCCCCUACAAAGAAGUGCAGGUUGUUCAGAUUCAUGACACCAUCAGCAUCAACGAGCUCUUCCCUCUGUUCAUUAACAUCAACUUUAUCACAAGUACAAUCCUACCUGAGUCAGCCAACAACAGAGGAUGACAGUGACCCCCUUCUCUUCUGGGAACAGAAUCAGUCACCAUUACCUCAACUAGCUAUACUGGCUCUCCGAUAUCUGUGUAUCCCACCAUCAUCAGCUCCAGUUGAGACACUUUUCUCUCUUGCUGGGAAAGUCUUUCGUCCUGAACGAUGCACAAUGACCGAUGUUCGCUUUGAGGAGUUGAUGUUUAUCAAGUGUAACCAACACUUAUUCCUGAUAAAAGCAUCAGCCUGCCGGGACCCGGACUGGUACGUCUGGCUGUUGACAGUGCUGGCUGUUGGGGUCACCCUGAUGUUCGUGGGCGAAGGGGAAGGCUCCCUCGCCCACGAACAUCACGAACAACCACGAACACCUAUGGCUCCCCUGGUUCCGGCAGCAUGGAGCGUGCCUUCCAAACCCACACCCUGCACCACUUCCACGGAUGAGGGAACGAACAUCCAGCCAAGUAACCAACCGCGGGAGGACGCGCGAUCAUAA